AUGCUGUGCGGGCAGGCGCGCGCGCUGGUCCCGCGGUCUCUACCGCGGGGUGGAGGAGACAUCGCGGAGACAUCGAGGGCGGGAAGCAGCGCGAGGGCACUGCCCGUCGUCGCCAAGAGAAGCGCCAAGAAGCGUCAGGCGCGUAAACUCGAAAAGAGGGACGACGCGAGGACCAUGGAGAAGCUCGCGGAGGAACGCGCCGCGCGUCUGGCCGCCGCCGAGAAGUACCGCCCCCCGCCGCCCCCGCCGCCCACCGACCCGAACGACGCGAAGGACCGGAUAGCGCGGCGCGAACGCGACUUUCAGGCGGCGUUGGCGCGCGUCGGCGAGGCUAAGGCGGCGGCGAGGGAGAGCGAGGAUUGGGAUCCCUCCCGAGGGUACAAGCCGUUCGACGAUGUCCAGGACGCCGUGUACGACCUGGCGCUCGCCAAGACGGCGGUGUACGAAUCGCACCUGGAGCUGGCCCUGUCGCUGCUCACCGUCGCCAAGGGGGAUGAACCGUCGAGCCUCGAUAGGUUCGAUUGGGUGUACGAGCGAGGCGUAUCGGAUGGCAACGUUCGGUGCCUGUCGUUCAUGCUCGCGGCGAUGACCAAGGCCAACGUCGUGUCGGGCGUCUGCGAGGUGCUGUGGGUGGCGAACGAGUGCGGAGUGACCGGGGCGGUGGAUCCAAAGGCGAUGAAGGGGGCGCUGGGGAUGUUGGCGGACUUGGAGGAGAUGGGCCUGCUGGACGGUACGGACGUGGACGCCUACAACCAAACCAAGGAAGUUUUGGCCGAGGAGGAAAGCGCACAGGCGGUUAGUUAG